AUGGUGUCGAAGUACGCCAUUUAUUUCGAGAAGCGGGAUGGCCGGUUUUGGUGCAAGACCUGCAACUGGUCGGUGGAAUAUAAGCCCAAGGGGACUACGACGCCGCUAACGCGACAUUUGCAACGCUUCCACAAAAAGUGUUUGAUUUCGCGGAAAACGGAUAGCUGGCAGCAAACGGACGAGUCGUGGAAUAUCGCGGAAAAUGAGGUAGUUUAAAGCGCCUGGAGGGAAAUUUUUUGAUUUUUUUCGUCUUUAUAACGACUUUGAAUCCCUUUAGCAUCCAAAAAAUAGCAAAUGUAAAGGGAAAACUGUCCAAAACUUUCUUGAUUUUCCAUUUCCAACUAAUUUUAGGUAAUAAUUUUUUGCAAAAUAUACUCUGACGGCAUUACUACAGUGACGGAGCUGAUCCAGUGGCAAAAAACGUACCAUUUUGCAUCCGGGAAGUAUCAAAAAAUGUAGCAAAAUACCUCACUCUCCAAGUAAAAAACUCCGUUUUGAAGGGCGCGCCCUUUCCCUCACAAAAAGCGCUUUUGAAAUCGGAGUUUUUCACUUGGAGAGGGAGGUAUUUUGCCACAUUUUUGAUAUUUCCCGGAUGCAAAAUGGUACGUUUUUGCCACUGGAUCAGGUCCGCCUCGGUAGACCCAUAGAUCUUGAUGAAACUCGGCACAAAUUUGGCUCUCAAUUUUCUGAGACCUUCUAUCAGAGUUUUAGAUCAGGCUCGAACAAAAAAUUUUCAUUAAUUUGGGACAGCUGAUGCAAAAUUUACUAAAAUGUUUUCCAACCCAAUUAUUUUCAGAACGACACAGCCACGGCCCACAUCACUGCCCAACAAAUCCUCGGUGGAUUUUUGAACAACGAACUCCUACAGAUGAUAAAGCCGGAAAUCGAAACAGAAUUGGCGCAACAACUGCUUCCAGAACUCGCAAUUGCCGCAAAAUUAGUGCUCGUAAGUUUGGUAUCUUUUCGAAAUGGAAAAGAAUUUCUGUUGUCUUGAAAAGACCGGACAAAAGCUCAGAAAAUGUCGCCAAAUGCAUCCAGGAUACUUUUUAAAUCCUUUUGCUUUCACAGAGAUGCUUGUUAGACUUCUACAGGGCUAAUUUUAAAGAGCAGACAGGAUUUAGUGUCAGCCAACGUUCUCAAAUGCAUCCAGGAUACUUUUUCAAUACUUCCGUCCUCACGGAGCGCUUUGAAAAGUAUCCUGGAUGAAUUUGAAGACGUUUUUUGGCAUUGAGGUUUGUCCGGCAGUAUAGACACCAGUCUGAUCUUUCUAGUCGACAAAAUGGUCGGAAAGAAAUCAAAAUAAGCCUGAAUUUGGGCUCAAAAAGUAUCACAAAGACACAACAACAUAUCAUAGUUUUUUUGUCUUUUAUGAUACUUAAAAAAACUAUGAUAUAUUGUUGCGUCUUUGUGAUACUUUUUGAUCUCAAAUUCAGGCUUAUUUUGAUUUCUUUCCGACCAUUUUGUCGACUGGAAAGAUCAUAACAGAUGUCUAUACUGCCGGACAAACUCCAAUGCCAAAAAAAACGUCUCCAAAUUCACCCAGAAUACUUUUCAAAGCGCUCCAUGAGGACGAAAGCACUUAAAAAGUAUCCUGGAUGCAUUUGAGAACGUUUGCUGACACUAAAUCCUGUCUGAUCUUUAAAAUUAUCCCUGUGGAAGUCUAACAAACAUUUCAAUCCACUAUUCUUUCAGGCUGAAUGCCCAAGUCAGCUCUCCCUGAACGAAGAGAGUCAAAUCCUGCGUUCGGCCGUGAAAUGUCACGUCUAUCUCACUUCGAACGGAGAAACUUCUGCAAUAAACUACCCCGAGGUGAUCGACAACCACCAAACUCGAAAUUCCCAACACCGUGCUCACUUCCUACAGUCUGUGGAGCAGUUUGAGCGGAAUAAUAUUCAAAUUCCGUCUAGUGAGAUCAAAAAAUUGGUCGAAGUUUUGUCACAACUCAAUUUUACUGGCUUCCUCUUUCAAAAAUUCGUUGAUAAAUAG